AUGGACAUGCCAACUGCCUCGCCCACGCCCUUAGGCACUGCCGGAACCGGUUUGUCACGAAGACCUUCUCAGAGACAAGGCCUCCGAAGGUUGCCGUCGCGCCCGCAGCUCAACCGAAGCGAAUCCAACCCCGUACACGCGACCGCCGUUGCGCCCGCGCUCUCGAGGAAGGCGGACUCGCAGCAGUACGUCAUGCACGACAGCUCCGAUGACGAGAUACCUGUGCCGAUGAAGCUGAGUGCUCUCACCAAGGCUUUGCUCAACGAUGGCGGCGCACCUGAGCCUCAGCGCGCCCCUUCACCGCCGCGAACACGUCGACGCACCAGUAACCUUGCCGCGUCCACGACUUCCGCGACGGAAGAAAGAAGGUCUCUUCGGUCCGGGAGUUUGCAGGCGUAUGACAGCAAGUCUUCAAAGCCCACGUCACCCUUAAGAAGCAGGGAGAACAGUCCUGUACGCAAACGUGUUGUCAGACUCAGCAACACGCCCAAGAGCCUUGGCCAGAUGCGCCCCACCAAGAGAAGAUCUACCUCGCUGUCGCGAUCUACCAACCAACGUCCUCCGUCCAGAAGUCGGCCAGAAAGCCAGGACCAAUCGUCGGACGAGAAGCAGGAACCACGCCAGGAUGUCAAUACUCCCGCCCAGGGAGUUCGUAUUGUUCGCAUUGCCGCUGGCUCGUCCGGCAACAGAAGUCGUCUCACCAAUUCGUCCACCCAUUCCAGACGCUCAGGAUCUCAUUUGGAACAGGAUUAUUCUGAAGAACCGGUGACUGCAGCACGCCAUGCCUCUGGUAUCAACCCCGGCAGCGUAUCCCGCCACACCAAUGUCGGAAGAAACACGAAGCCUGAGGACAAUCUGGCCUUGCAAGGCUCCAUGCGCGUCAAGCGAGUCGGCAAAAUUCCUGGCAGUUUCCUGAGUGGACCUGCUCGCCGUGGUCGCAGGAGGCAAAGCGAAGAGGAAGCGGAGGCGAACGGCGAGGGCAUGGUUUCUAGCCAGGAUCAUGAUGGUCAGGGCCUAGACAUGGAAAGCGACCUUGCACCGUCCUUUUACGGCAACGGAAGACAAAUGUCGUCUGGCAGCCCGGUAGCCUUUGGCGAUCUUUUAAGAGGAAACAGUCGAAGACCAGCAUACGAGGCCGAGCCAGCACCACCCCCUGCACGUCCGUCUCCCAAGCAGCGAGACGAGCCAGAGGAGAUUCACUACAAACUACCUGCCCCCCGCCCGCAGGUGCCAUCUUCGCAUGAUCAAGAGAACGAGAUGCCCUCUAUACUCCGAAGCUCCAAGCCCGUCGUCAGCAUACUCGCCGAAAGGGACACCGAGAAAGCCCCCAAGCGUCACACAAGCACUGACGCUGCAUACCAUCGACCUGCUGCGUCCCCCGAACGGAAACCUCUGUCCUCGCUGCCAAACAACACUCCGCGCCGGCCUGCUCCCCCUCCUCCACCGAAAAUGUCGGUUCUGGAUGCCGCGACCACCUCGGCUGGGGCAGUCACGACCUCGCAGGGGAAACAAAGGCGAAACAUUCUUCGUGUCAACGGAAAGUCUUACACUAGGCUCGACUGUCUGGGCCGAGGUGGUAGCGCUAAGGUCUACCGCGUUACUGCCGAAAACGGAGCGAUGUUCGCCCUCAAGAGGGUGUCGCUGGAGAAUGCCGACGAAUCGACCGUCAGGGGUUAUCGUGGCGAGAUUGACCUGUUAAGCAAGCUGACCGGCAAUGACCGGGUUAUCAAUCUCUUUGACUAUGAGAUGAACGACGAGAAGAAGAUGCUGACUUUGCUUAUGGAGAUGGGCGAGUUGGAUCUCAACACCCUCUUGAGAAGUCGUCAAAACCCUGAGGCAGCCAAAUUCGAUUCUGUUUUUGUCCGCUUCUAUUGGAAAGAGAUGCUUGAAUGCCUUCAAUCUGUCCACCAAUUCGAUAUCGUCCACUCCGACCUUAAACCGGCCAACUUUGUCCUCGUAAAAGGCCGUUUGAAGCUUAUCGACUUUGGCAUUGCCAACGCUAUUCAAACAGACGAGACAGUAAACGUUCACCGCGAAACGCAAAUUGGCACACCGAACUACAUGUCUCCCGAAUCCCUCAUGGACUUUAACGCACCCCGAGGCGGUCGCGUUCCCGGAAGGCCCAAGCUGAUGAAAGUCGGAAAGCCAAGCGACGUUUGGUCUCUUGGGUGUAUUCUCUACCAACUCGUAUACGGCACCCCUCCUUUUGGCCACAUCGCUAACCCGAUGGCUCGAUGUCAAGCCAUUAUUAACUGGGACCACCACAUUGACUUUCCGUCUAGGGGCAUGGGCGGCGUCCCUGUUCCUCCAUCACUCGUGCGAACCUUGAGGCGGUGCCUGAACCGUGAAGUGCACAUGCGGCCGACUUGCGAGGAGCUCCUUCACGAGACUGACCCUUUCCUCUAUCCUAUUGAGAUGAGCGAAAAGGCACUCCCGAUCGACGAAGAGCUCCUUGGUAGAAUCAUCCAGAGCGUCGUUACGAGAUGCCGAGAACGUAUGCCGACGGAGACGGAGGCCAUGUCGGUUUGGCCAUCGGCUUACUGGUCCAGUGUGAAAAAGGCAACAAACUCGAAUAGAUAA